AUAAUUGUUAAUUUUGCGUUCUAAAAAAAGGUCUAUACAGAGAAGCGCCUCAUCCUGUGUGCCUUGGUGUGCUACUGUGUGCGUCUAUAACAAACUCCAACGCUCACCAACUGCUGAGUUAUCGCUUCAGAUACAUCAACAGAGCACUGGUGAACCUGAGAAACUUCUAUCAGUGAACAACGCCACUGAAGGAACCCCAACACAAACACAAGAAGUGCAGAAGUAAAAGCAGACCAUGGACAGCAAUGAUGUCUUCAACACCACCCCAACUACAUAUUGGGAUUAUAUUUAUGAUGAUUAUAUAUUUAAUAAUUCAUAUUUUAAUCACAUGAUUCCCCCUUAUCAUACUUCUCACUAUACAUAUUUUAAUCAAAUCAGACUCUCCAUCUUCGGCAUCGUGGCUGUGUGUGUGGGGCUGCCGUGUCUGAUUUGGGCUUUUUACUCUGUGCACCUUCAGAGAAAAGCAAGUGGUCGGGUCUCAGCCUUCAUCAUCCUCCUCCUCCUAAAUGACCUGCUGCAACUGCCCCUCUAUACAUACAUAGUGUCAUAUCUACUGUCUUUUGUUUCUUUUGACCACCCCUUGAUAACGGUUGUAUCUGCUUGUCUGAAGAUCAUUGGCUUUCACCUGCAGUCGCUUGUGGCUCUGGAGGCGGCUCUGACUGUGAAAUAUCCAAAGAUUUCUGCUCGCAUGUGCUCAUGGCCUUGUUACAUCAUCAUCUCCAUCAUCGUACUAUUUAUUCCUGUAAUGUUUGUUUUUGGGGUAGUUUUAUCUGGUAGUGUUGUGUGCUGGUAUCUCACUUAUGGCUCAUUUCUGCUACCUGCAUGUUUAUUGGUUGCCACAGGUAAAAUCAUCUACAAAGCCCCGCCCACCUUCACUGACUCCAGACCAGGUGCAGCGGUGUUUGCUGUAUCUUUGGUUACAUUACUUGUGCUCUAUUUACCAAGUGUGAUGUUCCUCAUUGUGAUGUUCCACUAUCCCAUACCAGAUCCUUGGUUGAUAAUGACAUUAUGUUUGGUAAGCUUUACAGUGAUUUCCGAGCCUCUGCUGUGUGUGCUGGUCUGCAGACAGAAUCUCAGUGCUCAGACAAAACAGGCACCCAUAGAGCUCAACUCUGAGUACUCUGAAUUCGACAUCUGCCAGGUAUAAUUUGGAACAUUUAAGAAAGAAAAAAAUAUAACAAUUUGUAGUAUCGUAACAUCAUUUGUAGUCAAUUUCACUCGACUGAAGUUAGUAAAACAUUUCAAAUGGCUUGACAGCUUGUUUUUUUGAUCUUCUUAUACUGUUCAAACUGUGUUUUCUUUAGCCUUACACCUUACCCAAUCCCUUAACCCAACACUCAUUGGAAUCUCUGUGCAUGUCUAUUUUCUGAAAAGAAAAAAAACCGACAAGAAAAAAUACUCUUUAGGGCGUGUAAGAAUCCACUUUUGCUAUUUUAAGGACGGAAAAAUCCGCUUUGCGCCGUGGCGCAUGGUCUAACAGGGUUGAGCUUAUUCUGUUAAUGAGGUAUAGUCGUGUUUUGAGAAUAAACCAAUCAGAGUCUUAUCUCCCAUAUUCCCUUUAAGAGUCAGUUGCGCCGUGCCAUAGCGCAUAUGCUAUUUACAUGGCGGACUUUGUAAGUGGAAAAACUGAACGCUUCACUAGCGAGAAAGCAUCUGCAGCGCGAGAAUGAGAGAUGAGCCUCCUCAUUCUUUACUUUCGCUUUCACUCUCGUGGAUAGGGAAACGUGUUGUACGCACAGACCUACAUUAGCCUAUACAUAAUUAAAUUUUCUAUACAUAAAGAUUUGUUUCAAAACUAUUUCUAAAUUCAGUUCUAAUUUCCAGUAAACGAAUAAAUGAACAAUAAUAACGAAGUGUGGUCAAAACACUGAGUUAUAUCCAAAUACACAUGCUAUGCCCCAUAUGGUCUAAAACCUGACAGGUGGACAAAUCUAAGCUUGUUUUUAAUAAAACAAAUAUAAAUAUGCAUAUAAUAAAUAAUACUGCUAAUAAUAAAAACAUUAUACAAAAGCAAAUUGUCAUGAAUAAUCUAAAAAAGCCCCCCCAAGGGGAAGAAGGCAUGAAAGUAUGGUUUUUAUAUUUAUGUAGGCUAGAAAAUAAUAAUUUUUGUAAUAUUUUAAUCCUUUAAUUCUUUUUCAUUUGUAAAGAUAUUUGCGUAUUGCUGUACAUUCUGAGUGUAUUAAGAAGUGUGUAAGCGAGGUGCACAACUAACGUGCUCUGCGCUGGACUAUAGACCUCCUCUAAGCUGGUCUAUUGAACACUGUAUUUUAGUUCCUCAACUACACGCCUCAACACGCCUCCUUUUUUAGACCAGAACGCCUAUAGGCACACAUUUGAGCGCAAAUGCAUUUGCUAUUUAAACAGCAUGGUGCAAAACCUCAAAACGACUCUUGUGCCGAGCUGAAACUAGCAAACAACAAUUGCGUCGUGCCUUGCGCUGCAUUGGGCCAGGUGUAUGAUAGGGCCCUUUAUCUCUGAUUUAGAAGCAUUUUGAAAAACGGGAUAAAAUAUGUCGGGUUUCCGUGUUUUAUUUCUAGUUUGAUUUGAUCAGAUCUGACAUGAGUAUAAUAAUGACUUUUAUUGAAUAAAAAAAAUCUGUAACCUGUACAUAUACACAAUUACUCAAUGAUUAACAGAUUGACGGAUGUUUACAAUAAACAAUAUACGUUUUUAUUUCUUCUUGAGCCUGUGCGUGAUUUUGAUUCGCUGAUGUCAUUACAGUGUAUAAAAAAAUUAAAACUACUUUUAUUCUAGCCAAAAUAAAACAAAUUAAAGCUGCAAGCAGCGAUGAAAGGGACCUCGCACCCGGGCUCACUGUCGCCCGGUGGCCUCAGGAUGACAGAGAAUAGCUGACAAUAAUAAUUUAAGCCGAUAUAUAUUAAUAAGCCUCUGAAAUCACCAAUUUAUCCCAAAGUUCCUUCUGUCAGCAGGUGGCGCUAUGACUGUGACUCGGUAUUGGCAUGUAGAUGCCUUCAAGAGAGGAAUCUUGUCGAACAUGCGAAUUUUCAGGCAGGUCAGACAUUGUUUGGCUGAGUUAUAAGCCAAACUUCCUUCUGUCAGCAGGUGGCGCUAUGACUGUGACUCAGUAUUGGCAUGUAGAUGCUUUCAGGAGAAAAAUCUUACCAAACAUGAAUUUUCAGCCAGGUCAGACAUUGUUUGGUUGAGUUAUAAUUAAAUUCCUGUUGCCAGCAGGUGGCACUAUAACUGUAACUGGACAUUGGCAUGUAAACGUGUUCCGGUCAGGACUCUUAUUAAAUACGUGAAUUUUGAGGCAGAUCUGACAAUGCAUGGCUGAGUUAUAACAACUUCCUGUUUCGUGGCGAAUCGUCAAAGUUUGCGAGGCUGCCAUGGACAUGCCCUUUGACGAAAACUCUAAAGCUUCGCAAUUUAACAUCGCCAAGGCCUUUAGAUGACAAAAGCCAAUUUUGGUGUUGAUCUGAUUAAAUUCCUAGGAGGAGUUCGUUAAAAUACAACGUCUGGAAAUGGCAAAAACGGCACGUUUUCGGCGGAGGAAGUUAAAAAUACUUCCUGUUGGGUUUGAGAUUUUGCUCCAAGAGACGGUUUUGUAGGUUUUGGCAUGUUUGAUGUGCGUGGCAUUUUCGUGUGUGUGGUGAAAUGUAGCUCAGGGGGCCUGUCCGUCUUAUGUGCAUAGGCGGUGCUGUCGAGUCAUUUUGCCACACCCACUUCCAAAACCUAUAACAAACGUAAAUUUUCGUCACUUCUGGGGCAUGCGCAUAGUUUCGUGAGUUUUCAGGCAUGUUUAGACCAUAGACUGUAAAAUAUAUGGACGGAGUAUCCGUGACGUCACCCAUAGGUUUCUGAACACUGUAAAAGAAGCUACAAGUAGGCGCGGCCAACCGUCGCCAUUUUGUUCGCGCGUCACGGCGGGAUACCAAACAAGGGCAAAGAGGCGGAGAUUGAGUGGAGCUACAGACACCUGCUGGCACUUUGCUUAGACCUGGCGGACAGACUUUACUUUGGGAGAAACGCUUGAUACUUUAUUACCUGCGACUCGUUUGUGUUCUGACCACAUGUGCUUGCCUGUACACUAUAUCAAUAAAGUGUUUAGACUUUUAAAA